AUGGUUGCUGUUGUUUCUACUAAAUCUGAUUUCGAGGCUGCUUUGAAGCACGACGGUUUGGUCGUCGUGGACUUCUUCGCCACUUGGUGUGGUCCUUGUAAGAUGAUUGCUCCAUUGUUGGAGAAGUUCUCUAAGGAAUACACUGCUGCUAAGUUCAUCAAGGUGGACGUCGAGGAGUUGAGUGAGGUUGCUCAGGAGUACGAGAUUUCCUCUAUGCCAACUGUUCUUUUCUUCAAGAACGGUCAGAUCGUUGGUAAGGUGAUUGGUGCUAACCCUGCUGCUUUGAAGCAGGCUUUGGCUACCAACGCUUAG